AUGCCCCCCUCCAAACGCCAACGCACCGUCCCCACGUCCCGCACGACCAAAGACCGCAAAACGCUGGUGCGGCGCCUCCACGCCUCAAUCCAAGACCUAGCCACCACACACCGCUACAUCUUCGUCUUCUCCGUCACCAACACGCGCAACACCUUCCUGAAACAAGUCCGCGCCGCCUUCUCCGACAGCCGCCUCGCCAUGGGCAAGACAAAAGUCAUGGCCGUUGCCCUCGGGCGCGAUGCACAAUCCGAGGUCGUGCCCGGCGUGAGCCGCCUCAACCCCUAUUUGAGCGGUGAGGUGGGCCUGCUGUUCACGGACCGGGAUGUCGCGGACGUGGAGGCUGCGUUUGCGGGCUUCUGGAAUGCGGAUUAUGCGCGGGCGGGCGCGACGGCGAGCAGGGCCGUCAGGGUGCCGCCAGGGGAGAUAACGACCAUGUACGGCGUUGAGGGCGGGGAGGAGGAUCCGCUGCCGUUGGCGAUUGAGCCGCAGCUGAGGAAGCUGGGCGUGCCGACGCGCAUCAAGGCUGGGAAGGUCGUGCUCGAGGAUGCGCCCGAGGGCGGCAUGCUGGAUGUCGGGGACGAGGGCUAUCUGGUGUGCAAGGAAGGAGACGUGCUGGAUUCGCGGCAGACCAGCAUCCUGAAGAUUCUGGGCGUCAGGAUGGCAGAUUUUCGCAUUCAACUACGCGCCGUGUAUGACCGGCAAGAGGAGGCGGUGAAAGAGCUAGGCGGUGCUGACGGUGCUGGGGCCUGA